GUUACGUGGAGCUCGCCUCUUUUGCUUCACAGGCUGCAUAAUUUUCUGUUAUAAUUCAAAUACCUUUCGUUGCAUUUUCUCUAUACAUGAUGGACGCAGAGAAGGCGCAGCAGACCGACGUGCCAACGCGGCGGUUCCGCGAAAUCCACUACCAUCGGUUUCCCUUGGGUACACGCAGCAACGUCCACGGCUGCUGCUUGCUACGCACGCACCUGCCAGUGCGUCUGCCCCGGCCACAUACAAUGCAGCAAAUCUACACACAUCCGCCGCCCGGGGUCGGGUACCGGCGCGCGAUCCCUAACAUUACAGAGAACGAGUCCAUGUCGCGCAUAAUCGAGCACGAGGAGCAUCUGCUGCAGGAGAUCAGGGAGGAGCGGCAGCGGACGCGAGCGUGGUUGGACGGUGGGAAGGCAAUUGCGCGGACACAUGUGGUGGUGGCCACACAGAACAACCUGCAGUUUUUUAUUGCUGGAUUUGGGUACUGGAAUGUCCUCGAUAUGAACAUGCAUCUGGAGAACGAGGCGUGCAUUGGGGUCAAGGCGUUUGAGAUGUGGGCGGAAGGCGGCCAAAGUCCAGGCGAAGCCGAGCAGGAUGAGGAGGAGAAGGAGGGAAGGCAGACCAAGGGCAUUGAGUCGCCGACGCUGCCAACGCUGGUCGUGGCGUUGACCACCCAUAUCAAGAGCAGCGGUCAUAAUGGCAAGGGCAGAUAUCGGCUGUAUGCCAUGGGCAUCGAUUCGCUGGAUGAAGUACCACAGGAGUUCAUCGACAGGCAUGCGGCUAAGCCUGAGCGACCGCAGUCCAAAUCGAGCGACAGCCAGUACACGGAGUCGCCUGAGGCACGCCCGCAGUCUGAAGCUGACGCAGCAGUUGAGGAUGCAGAGCCGCAGGAGCUGCCGGGCACAGCUAGCGUGCACGGCGAGCCCGGAUUCACGCGAAUCAACCCGGUAGACGCACUGCCAAUGAACAGCUACGCAUACCUGGAGGAGCGGCUGUUCAGUCUGCGUGUCACCAGCUCCACCCCGUGUCUCGACCUGGACUAUCUGCCGUACCGGAUCUCGCAGGACGUGAUCAAGGGCCUGCCGCCGAUUCUACUGGUUGCGGGCAACGACAACCGGGUGCACCGGUACGCCCUGGGCAAGAAUCAGAUUAUCGAGCUGCAGGCAAUAGUCGGUCCGCGGACCAGCACCAGCUUGACGUUCACGGUAUUUGACGGGCGGGUUAUCGGGCCGUACCAUGUACAGAUCAUGGCGCAGCAGGAGUUUGUCGUGACACUGCAGGCCAGUGAGAUUUUGCCCGAGGAGGAGGCCAAGGAACACAGCCCGACGGGCCAUUGGCGGCGGCUGCUGCUGGCAGAUGAGGAGGUGUAUGACGCAGCACCAAUACUCACCACGCUGUUCACGCCCGACUCGCAGUGGAUCGACCGGACCGCCUACGACGCGGUACUGGCGCGCAAAAUCGAUGCGCAGCUGAGUCAGUCCGGUCCGGAGGAAAAACUAGCUACACACGAAAUCUAUGAUGCCGAAUGGCCGGUGGGCCAGAUGGGCCGGUUCCCGAACCGCCAUAGUGGCUCUGGCGGGUAUGAGGACCGGCCGCGGGUGCAUGCGCUGGUCGGGUUUGUCAGCGAGGAGGUGGUUGUUUACCACGACGUGCCUGUGACUGGGCUGGAUCCAGUGCCGACGCUUGUAGGCAAGGGCAAGUUUGGCAACGGGCUUGGCGGCGUGUUCUCGCUGCCGGGCAGUGCCAAGGAGGGGCUGGUGACGUCGGUCCAUUUCGAUGAUUUGGACUUUGACGGAAACAAGGAGAUCAUGGUCGGCACGGUGUCGGGCGCGGUGCUGAUUUACAAGGCAGUCGAGGGCGGAUAUGCGCUGGUGUGGAAGCGGCGGUUCCCGGCACCCGUGUAUGCAAUCUUCAGCGUCGACAUCAACUGCGACGGCGCCAACGAGCUGGUCGUCAUCACGCUCAGCGGAGUGCAUAUCAUGCAGCCGAAUCUCUCGAUCGUGCGCGCCAAGCUGCUGAAGCAGCUGAUUCUGCUCAGGCAGCAAAAGGACGGCAAAGAGUCAGAGUAAGCUAGCGAAAUUUCAGAGUUUUG